ACCGUAUUGGUUCUGAGCAGGUGGGCGAAGCUGGAAAACAAAACAAGCAGCCGGUGACCCCGGGAACAGAGAGAGAGAGAGAAAGAAAGAGAGAGAGGGAGAGAAUAAACAUUAAAGCAGAUUAUAGUAUAAAGGUUGUUUUGAAGUGCGUUGUUUAUUUUGUAACUUUUUUAAUUGUUGGCACUAUUCGCAUUGUUUGUGUGUUGUUGUUUUUCUGAAGUGUCUGCAGCAUGAUGAGAUUUCACCCUGACAGUUUAUUAUGAAGAAGCCUGGAGAGCUGGGCUCGGUGUUUCUGUGUGUUUCUCACUGGUUUACCGAUGGAGAGUGUCGGAAAGUUCGAGUUCAACAGGAAGGACCUGAUCGGGCACGGUGCGUUCGCGGUGGUGUUCAGAGGAAGGCACAAAGAGAGACAUGAGUUUGAAGUUGCUGUGAAGUGCAUAAAUAAGAAGAAUUUGGCCAAGUCGCAGUCGCUCCUGGGGAAAGAGAUCAAAAUAUUAAAGGAGCUGAAACAUGAAAACAUCGUUGGCUUACUGGAUUUUCAGGAAAUCUCAGGUUGUAUCUACCUUGUCAUGGAGUACUGCAACGGUGGAGAUCUGGCAGAGUAUCUGCACUCCAAAGGCUCUCUGAGGGAGGACACCAUCCGGAGCUUCCUGCAGCAGAUAGCGAGCGCUAUGAGCGUCCUGCGGAGUAAAGGCAUCAUCCACAGGGACCUCAAGCCGCAGAACAUCCUCCUGUCCUACAGCGCAGGCCGCAGAGUCACCCCCAACAACAUCUGCAUCAAACUAGCUGAUUUUGGCUUUGCGCGGUAUCUUCAGGGGAACACGAUGGCUGCUACACUUUGUGGUUCUCCCAUGUACAUGGCUCCUGAAGUGAUCAUGUCACAGAAUUAUGACGCCAAAGCUGACCUGUGGAGUGUGGGUACCAUCGUCUUCCAGUGCCUGACUGGCAAAGCUCCAUUUCAGGCCAGUAGUCCUCAGGAGCUGCGAAUGUUCUAUGAAAGGAACCGGAAGCUCAAUCCAAACAUCCCACGGGAAACCUCCAGUCACCUGAGACAUCUGCUGCACGGCCUGCUACAGAGGAACCACAGAGACCGCAUGGACUUCAAUGAAUUUUUUCAUCAUCCUUUUCUCGAAACAAGCACCAUUGUGAGAAAAUCCUCUCCAUUACCCAUGCCAUCAUACCCCAGCUCAGGAUCUGGAAGCUCCAGCAGCGGAUCCUCAACCUCCAACCUCACCCCUACACAGUCGGACGCUGGAACCCAAAGGCCACACCCAGUACACAAAGCCACACCUCCUUCCAGCUCCCAAAUGAAGGACUCCUCUUCUUCAGAGACGGAGGACUUUGUCUUGGUGCUGGCGCAGCUCCCCAAUGAGAUGGCAGAUCAGGACAAUCAGGAAAUGGGGAUACAGAGUGGGUGUUCUCUUUUGAGUCCAAGUACCUUUGUCGGUGGAACAUCUCCACUGUCUCCAUCUCACCGUAUAUCUCCAAGCCCUACCAGACCUGUAGAAUGCGGUGGCAGUAGUUACAGCCAGUCUGUGCCUGUUCCUGUGCCUACACAAAUCCACAACUACCAAAGGAUGGAGCAGAACCUGCAGGGAGCAUCGAGGACUGCCGUCCCCACAAGUCAUUGCUGCACAGGUGGGUUCCCCAGAGGCUCUCUUAGUCCAUCUCAUCGCAGACUGUCUACAGGGGGGUCCAGACCUCACCAACCAUCUCCCAAAGUGGGAACAAUACCUGAGACCCCUGACCAAUCAGAGCUGCCGUGGAGCAGGACGGGACUGCAGGAUACGCACGUCCGUCUGCCGAAUCAGGUCUUCCCUCUUUUCUCCGAUGUUGGUACCAUGGAAACGACUUUGCCAACUAGAAACAGGAGCCAACAACACAGUCCGGAUGCAAUCAUACACAGGUGGGAGCUGGACAGACGAUUCAGCCUUCCCAGCACUCUGAAUCACACCAGAACCAUGCCUGACCUCCAGGAACCCCGUGUGACCCCCACCAACCUGACGGAGAGGAGGAGAGGCUCUGUGAAAAGGUCCAGUAGCGUGGGCCGGUUGUCUGAUAUGCUGCUGAAGGCUGUGUUUGGAUCUCAGCUGGACAGGGGCAGCUGUGAUGGGCUGAAUACAGAGAGACCCAUGGACACUACAGUAGCCCCUGGUGGAAUGGUUAGCGUAGAGAAAGGCUCAUGCAGCCCUGGUCAUAUCUUCUUCACUGUCGGCACCCCUCCCGACAGACACACUCUUCUUUCAACGACUAGACGCAGACGCAUCUCAGGGUCCUCAUGCAGUCCUGGCAGUCCUGGCUGGACAUGCAGUUGCUACCCCAAGUCCUACAAUUCACCAGAAAGGCACUGCUGUGGUUUCACGGACAUCGUUGGUUCCAAUCUGAACACCGACGCGGCUCUUGUGCCUCCUGAGCUCCCGACGGAGACGCUGAUGGAGCAGGAUCACACGGACAUGCUCACCCAGCUGCGCUUCACUCUGGCUUUCACACACUGUGUGAUGGAUAUGGCUGCAGCAAAGGAUGCUGGGGUUGAGAGGAGCGAGACGUCCGAUGCAUCCUUCCUGGAGCAGAGUGAGGUGGCAGACCAGAUAAGCCAGCUGAGCCGUGAGUGGAGUUGUGCAGAGCAGUUGGUCCUGUAUAUGAAGUGUGCUGAGCUCUUAUCCACCGCCUUACACACAGCGAAGGAGGCAAUUAAACAAGGCAAACUCUAUCCAUCUGCAUCUGUUAAACAGGUGGUGCGGAAGAUGAAUGAGACGUAUAAGGAGUGUGUGAUAUCCUCUCGCUCUCUCACUGCGAGGCUUCAGCUCUUCUUCAACACCAAACAGAGGCUGAUGGACCGCAUGAACAACAUCAGUGCCGAGAAAAUCAUCUACUCUCACACCAUCCAGAUGGUGCAGGCUGCAGCCCUGGAUGAGAUGUUCCACCACGGCGAGGCCUCGGUCCAGCGCUACCACAAAGCCUUGCUGCUGAUGGAAGGCCUGUCCUUAAUCAUCACAGAGAGAGCCGACCUCAACAACAUCAACAAAUGUAAGCAGUGUAUUGAGCGCCGUCUCUCCUCCCUCCAGCCGGGACUGUGUGUGUGAUCACAUGCCACAUAGGCUUCGUGUUUCCUCAGACCCUCAUAUUUCCUCUGAUGCCAAAUGACUCUUCAUCCUCUAUUUACAUGCACACUAAUGACCUGAUCAUUAUCUUAUAAUUAUGCUUCAGUGUGCUCCAUGCUAUGUUAGACGGGUAAUGUUGUGCCAGUGUUACACACAACAAGUUAACAUGAUACAGUCUAUACGUGGUAGACCAAGCAAAAGCGUUUUCUCUGAUUGUUGAAUCGCUGUGUGACCUUUGAACUCUGAUACAAUACUUGAUAUUAAUUAUGAGGGCUGUAAAUAUUUUUUGACAAAUCAGCUACUGUACCUUUAUUAUUUACAACUGUCUUUACAAUGAAGCACUUUAUGAAUGAGAGUGUGACCGACAUGCCUAAAGGAGUCGACUGUGGCAGAGCUGAACUUGUUCACUUUAUGGAUUUCCUUUAAUUUAUUUUGUUGUAUGCUGCACCUUUAAAAAAAAAAAGCACACAAUUCACACGGAUCAAGUGUACUAACUCUUGAAAAGGUAGAGAUGACUGUUUUUUUUGUAUCACUAUUUUGUUUGUUUAGUUUUUUAAUAUUAGACAAUGGCCUUAUGUAUGCACACAAAAUGCACCUGUUGUAUAUGUGUAUGAUGUUUGUGAAGUGUGAAUGUUUGUCUUUUUUCUUUCUUUUUUUCCCAAAAAGCCAAGGUUUGUAAUUUCUGUGUGU